AUGGGAAAUUGUUUGCCAACAAUUUUCGGCUUCGUUCGUCAACACGACGACACUCCGCUGGGACAACGAAGAAGAAUAUCAUCAUCGGAUUCGACGGCGAUGAGCUUCAGCAAUCCGGCUAUGAUGCAACAGAGUGUGAGUUGUGUUUUGGGGUGGAAAUUUGUGGAAAAUCGAUAAUUUUAGAGUGAAAUUCAUGAAAAUUAGCGAUUUUUGGUGUAAAAUUGAUGAAAAAUCGAUAAUUUUGAGCUUAAUUUCAUUAUUUGAGUUCAAAUUUUCAACUUUUCCCGCUUGUCCUCGAGAAGUACACAAAAAUUUCGAAUUUUUGAAUUUUCGCCUUUUCCCGCUUGUCCUCGAGAAGUAAACGGAAAUUUCGAAUUUUUUGAAUUUUCGCCUUUUCCCGCUUGUCCUCGAGAACUACACGGAAAUUUCGAAUUUUUGAAUUUUCCCUUUUUCCCGCUUGUCCUCGAGAAGUACACAAAAAUUUCGAAUUUUUUGAAUUUUCGCCUUUUCCCGCUUGUCCUCGAGAAGUACACGAAAUUUUUGAAUUUUCGCCUUUUUUUAAAUUUUGAUAUAAAAUUUAUGAAAAAUCGAUAAUUCCGAGUCAAAAUCAUAAAAAUUAUCGAUUUUUCCCCUUUCCGGCUUACCAAAGUCCGUAAUUAUCAAGUUUUGUAUAAUAUGAGCAAUCAAAUUUUAUUUUUUGCAGAGUUCCUACGUAAAUCAACUCUAUCAACACAAUGUAAUUAGACAACGGCAAGCACAAGAACAGGGAAAAGUGAGUUUUUGUGGCCUAGGAGCCGAUUUAUUGGUUUUCUAGGCCACCGUAUCUGAAAAAUGUCAAAAAUGGCCUAGAAUUCCCCAAUUCUUGGUUUUCUAGGCCACCAUAUCAUAUUUGGUGUCAAAAAAUUCGAAAUUUCACAAAUUUUCUUGCAGGAAAUCGACGAGGCGAAGAAAAUGCGAAUCCGCGGACUUUUGGAUCAAAUCCCAGCUGAUAUCUAUCGUGGAGACGUGAAAUUGAACAACGAAUGCGCGAUUUGUAUGAUUGAAUUCGAGCACGGAGAUCCGAUUCGAUUCCUGCCCUGCAUGCAUUCUUUUCAUCAAGAAUGUGUCGAUGAAUGGCUUAUGAAGUGAGAUUUUGGGGUGGUUUUUUGAAAAUUUGAGAUUUUGGGGAGUGGAAAUUGAGAUUUUUGAAGAUUUCUAGAUUUUCUCGUCAUUUUGAUACCAAUUUAUACUGAAAAUUUGAUUUUUGCACGAAAAAUUCAAAGUUUUGAAAUUCACAAAAUUCAAAAAUGCUAAAAAUCCGAAAUGUUCAACCAAAAAAUCCACGUGGAAAAUUUUUGUCAUUCAAAAUUUCCCCUCUAAAUUUUGAUGGAAAAUUCGAUCCCGAAAAAUAUACGUUUCAAAAUUUUCUCAUUAAAAAUUGUUUUUCACGAAAAAAUUAAUUUGGUAUCAUUAUCUUCAUAAAAAAUUAAAUAAUUUUGAACUGCAAGUGUGCUCCACCGAUAAUCCGGCAAAAAUACCAAAACUUGGGAAGAAAAUUCAAUUGCGCUCUAUUGCUAAUCUCACUUUUUCUCAAAUAUUCAAAUUUUACGCAUACUUUACGCAUAAAAUAACACAAAGGGGAAAAUGAUAAUCUCAAUUUUCCUAAAAAUAUUUUCGAAAAUUUCUCACAGUGGCGUCAAACGCGCCCCACCGAUAAUCCCACGUUUCCCCCAAAAAAUUCAAAAAUUUUCUGCAGAUCUUUCACAUGUCCUUCAUGCCUGGAACCAGUCGACUCGACAAUUUUAUCCUCGCUAACCGCGCAUAAUCAACAAUCACUUCAUGAUAUCGCAUGCUCUCCGGCUUCAUCGAAAAAUUGA